UGCACAAAAUGUGCGUCAGACCGCGCACAAGCACUUCCUCCAUCCACGCGCGGUCGCGCAAGUCACGAUUCCGGUAGUCCGCGAAGGAACGGAUUUUUACUUCAGACCCCACUGGAAACUCCGCAACCGGAAACGCCCCACGCCGGAACUCGUCAGUCGGGUCAGCAGCCCCCGCCGCGUUGUCGAAGUACGUCACCAGGAAACGGUCCCGGCAGCGUUCGUACGCUUCGAGAUAACGCCCACGCAAACUCAGGAAGCGACCCAUCGCCAGCUUCUCCAUCCACCUCCAGAACGCUGGCCCGCAGCUUCUCUCCCUAAUUCGUUCCUCCAUCAGGUCUCUUCGCCUGGCACCCGAAACCGCAGAGAGCUCCUCCCAGUACGUGGUCAGAGACUCUUUCAUAGUCGAAACGAAUUCGGCCACAUCUGCCACCGUCUGCUCAAACACUUCGUCUACCUGGCCCGCACCCCCAAGCACACCCGCAAGUGGGGUCGGGGCACCGUCGGGCGGGGCAGCAGCUUCAGCUUCGGGCGUCACAUCAGCUUCGGUAUCGUAAAAAGCGGCCGCCGCGAUUCCUCGGAGUUCAGUGUCAGGAAUU